AUGUCUCGGUCCAACGACCCAGGACACUACUUCCAGACCACCUCCGCGCUCGAGGAGACGGCGCGCAAGGCAGCCAAAUCGAAGAACGACCAGGGCAGCCCGUUCAAGCUGCCCUCUAAGAUCCUCGCUGUCGUUGCAGACCCGCAGGAUGCGAGCCAAGUCUACGUCGCCGAGGCCGCCGGCAACGUGAAGCGGAUCAACCUCGAAACUAGGAAGGUAACCAAGACCUUCGCUGGCCCGGUAGCGCCCCUCACAUCGCUCGCCGUCUCGCCGAGGACCGACACUGCCUACGCGGGAUGCUGGGACAAGUCGGUGUGGUCGUGGACACUGUCGACAGGCAAGCUGGCACAGCGAUUCCAGGGCCACAGCGACUUCGUCAAGGCCGUUCUGCCAUUCACCUUGCAAGGCAAAGCGCUGCUCGUGUCUGCUUCGGCAGACGCAAGCAUUAUCGUGUGGGAUGCGGCAACUGGCCAGAAGCUGCACACGCUGAAGGGACACACACGGGGGAUUCUUGCACUCACGCUCGACACGACAGACUACGAGCCCAACAAAGAUUCAGCCACAGUGUUCAGUGCUGGCAGCGACCGAGAGAUCCGGCGUUGGAACAUUGGCUUUGCCUCGGCCUCGGAGAUCGAGCCGUCGCCAGUCAUUGCGCACGAGACGAGCAUCGACGCUGUACACUUCGACUCAGACGGAGACCUCUGGACUGCCUCUGCGGAUAAAACCGCCAAGUGCCUUUCGAGGGGCAGAAACUGGGACGAAGACUCGGCGUUCGAGCAUCCUGACUUUGUACGCGACGUGGCCGUUGACGAAGAUGGAGGCUGGGUUGCUACCGCCUGCAGAGAUGAGGAGGUCCGCGUAUGGGAGAAAGGCAGUGGCAAGCUGCAUCACACUUUCUCCGGACAUUUCGAAGAGGUCACUGGACUGAUCCUGCUGCCUGGUCAGAGACUUGUCAGUGUGAGUAUCGACGCGACCGUUCGACAGUGGAGCCUGAAGGCACCUGAGCUGGCCAAGGCAGUCAAAGAGGCUGAGGAUGAACACCUGGGUAAGACAAAGGAGAAGGAGCCCGAGAAGAAAGAGGGCGUCAUGACCGCCGAGGAAGAAGCGGAAUUGGCCGAACUCAUGGAAGAUAGCGACUAG